AUGCAGUGGCUGGUUCAGUGGUUGGUUUAGUGUGUCUCAUUGCUGUAAUCUGUGUAUUAGUGUUGCUGCUAAAGAGGAUAAAUGAUGCCUCGUCCAGAAAAGCCCCAGCGUCUGACCCUGAAAUCAGUAGGACUCCCACAAAGACACCAACUGAAUGGGACACACCAACCUCCAGUCCACCAACCAGGGACACACCAACCUUCACUCCAUCACAAAUGACCACACCAACCUCCAGUCCAUUCCAAAUGUUACACUCCCUCAGCUCCUCAGCCAAGCGUAGGAUGCAACAAGCACAAGAUGUUGUAGAGAAAAUAUCUCUUGAGAGACCAGAUGACCUGCAAUGUAGAAGGAAACUUUUAGAGGGUUACGAGAACUGAGUGACUACCACACUGUCUAACACACAUCUGUGUGGUUCGGAGACCAUUUCUAUCCAUAGGCAUUGUGGGUACUGAAAAGUGGACUGAAUGGAUGACACACAUAGAUAGGCCUGCUGGUUACUGUAUAUGUAAAUACAGUGUGUAUGUAAAUAUAUUUAGCAGUUGGGUAAUGAUGAAACAUGAUAAAUCCACACUAGACUUGUGUUUUGUUUUAUUCUUCACUUUUUUAAAUAAAUCAAUUGUUGUAAUAUUAUAACCUACACAAUGUCAUCAUGUAGACUACUUUCAUGGUGUGUGUUAUAAUAUUAUAACCUACACAAUGUCACCAUGUAGACUACUUUCAUGGUGUGUGUUAUAAUAUUAUAAUCUACACAAUGUCAUCAUGUAGACUACUUUCAUGGUGUGUGUUAUAAUGUUAUAAUCUACACAAUGUCAUCAUGUAGACUACUUUCAUGGUGUGUGUUAUAAUAUUAUAAUCUACACAAUGUCAUCAUGUAGACU